AUGACCCAUUUGAGUGAUUUUAGUUUCCUUCAAAGGGUUGUUUCCAUAUCGUACCUCACUUUAUGGUACAUAUAUCGUGUCUGUCAAUUGGACAGAUUUCAAUGCUUCUCGCCGAGCCGUAUUCGGAAAGGAGAACUCAAAUCCAUUGUCUCGCUGCUGAUCUUGAUUAUGCUUCCGUUUCAAUUGACAUAUGCGUUUGUAUUAGAUGUAGCGUCAAGUACAGUAAAAUAUGAAGAAGGAUAUAUCCAACACAAUGGACAAUACGUUACUAAGCCAGAGAUGCUGUGGAGUCAAGCUAACAAAGACUAUGUUGUACCUACUGAUUACAGUCUUUGCAUAGGAUUCUCACUACAGACUAGCACUCUGUUACUACUACAAUGCUUUUGGAACUAUUUGGCAAACUUGGUGGCUGGUGCAAAGUUCAUGAGUAGUAAGGAGUUCAAAUGUUACAUUGUGUGUGUUGAUGGUUUGACAGGAAAACAAAUGCUUAACGGCAAUAAGCUGACAGCUGAUUUUCUUAUAAGCAAUAUUAAUGUUGCAUCAAUUGUGGUGUGGGUAAUUGUGAUAUUGAUAUUUCACCCAGCACCUGAAAAUCCAUUGUUAAAUAAUUCGCCAAGAAUUACAACUUAG